AUGUCUGUGGCCGGCAAGCCUACCCACAAACUCUCCUUUGAGGAGGUGCCUUCAGAGAAUGGCUCUGUGCCCGAGGUCAAGAAGGGCACUGAUGCCGACGCCGCUGAUAUGUCGCGAAUGGGCAAGAAACAAGUUCUGAGAAGAGAGUUCCGCUUCAUUUCGAUUGUUGGCUUCAUCUGUAUUCUGCAGUCCACCUGGGAAGGUGCUCUUUUGUCCAACGACCAGUCUCUGCACAAUGGCGGCCUGGCCGGCACAGUUUGGACCUUUAUCGUUACUUGGCUCUUCACCCUCUGCAUGAUUGCUUCCAUGGCUGAACUUGCCUCCAUGGCACCGACCGCAGGCGGUCAGUACCACUGGGUCAGUGAAUUUGCUCCGCCAUCACUGGAGAAGCCUCUGUCAUACAUUGUGGGCUGGAGUUCUUGGCUGGGCUGGGUAUCUGGUAUUCCCUCUUGCGCACAGUUCUUGGCCUACCAAGUCGAAGGUCUUGUCCUCAUCAACAACCCUGACGCAAACCUUGGAGAACUGUGGCAGGUUGGCCUUUUACUGUUCGCCUUCCUCUUCGUCACUUUUGGCUUCAACAUUUUCCUCUCGCACAAGUUGCCUCUUGCUGAGGGUAUCAUCCUUGUACUCCACGUUCUGGCUUUCUUCGCCUACCUCAUUGUCUUUUGGGUCAUGGCUGAUGUUGGAUCGGCAAAGACUGUGUUCACUGAGUUUUCCAAUGGUGGUGGUUGGAGCAGUCAAGGUGUUUCUUGUCUUGUUGGUCUCGUCACUCCCAUCUGGUGUUUUAUCGGUCCCGAUGCAGGUGCACACAUGAGCGAAGAACUGCGCGAUGCUUCCCGCGUACUGCCUAAAGCCAUGAUGUGGGCUACUGUCAUCAACGGCGCACUCGGCUGCGUCAUGAUCAUCAGUUUCUGCUUUGCCGCUGGCGACAAUCUUGACGGUAUCCUGAAUACUGGUACUGGCAUCCCCAUUGUACAGCUCCUGUACAAUGUCACGGGCUCCAAGGCUGGAACUUCCGUCAUGACUGUUAUUCUCUUGGUCCUCCAAUACUUCUCCGCAAUCACCACCAUUGCUUCUUCGUCACGUCAAACCUGGGCUUUUGCCAGAGACAGGGGAUUCCCAUUCAGCGAGUGGCUCAGCCGUGUCGACCCUCGCUGGGACGUGCCCGUUAAUUCCCUCUUACUCUGUCUCGCCGUCUCCCUCAUCCUCGGCGCCAUCAACUUCGGCUCGGAAGUUGCUCUCGACGCCAUCAUGUCUGUCUCCAACUCCGCGCUGCUCUUCAGUUAUAUCGUAUGCAUUGGAUGCGUGCGUCUGAAGCGUUGGAGAGGACAACCUCUGCUACCCCGUCGUUUCGAUCUGGGUCGAUGGGGUGCUCCGUUGAAUGAUGCAGCGUUGGCUUUCUUGGUCGUUGCAUUUGUCUUUUCCUUCUUUCCUGAGGAUGUCAAUCCUGAUGCACCGGAUAUGAAUUGGGCUAUCGUUAUUUGGGGAGCCAUGUGGGUUAUGGCUGGUGGAUACUAUUACUUUGGCGGGUCGAAGAAGUAUGUCAGUCCUGGCAGUUUGGUCAAGAACAUGUAG